GACCCAGCCGAUGUUGCAUUAAAUACCUUUUCCUACCAAAAGUAAUUAAUUCAUGAAACCAUAUUACAAUACCAUGAACGAAUCCUUUCUCACAAUAUCUGCACUCGCAUUUGCCUUGAGAGACAAAAACAAAGGACAAAUCAUGGCCUCAUUAGACUCUCCGAACUCACCUCCGAACCCAUCUUUUGCAAUAAGAGAAACCGCAGCCCACAAGUUCCUGAGAAGCAUCUCCAUAGGAGAAGCACCCUCAUUCUCACAUUUUCCUUGUAGCCCAGCACCUCGCCUAAGCACUAAUUCAAACAUCCACACCUCUCCAAUAUUCUCCUCUCCUCCUCGUCAAGGCUCUUGCACUCCUGUUGAUAACCUUGUCACCAACUCUGAAAGCACUAAUUAUACUUAUAGGUGCCUAUCUUCAGUCCUCAAAAGAGAUGGCCAGAUAUUAUCUAUAGCAAUGUCAAAUAGCCUUAUCUAUUCUGGUUCUUCAACCAAUAUCAUUCGGCUAUGGAAACUACCUGAGUUCAGUGAGUGUGGUCACCUUAAGAGUAAGGCCCGCAUGGUUGUUGCAUUACAAGUUUCACAUGAUAGGGUUUAUGCUGCCUAUGCCGAUGGCAAGAUUCGAAUUUGGAGGAGAACAUGGGAUGGAGCUUUCAAACACAUCCGGUUGGCAACGAUUCCUAGCUCCGGCGGAUAUGUCCGAAGCCUUAUUGCCCGGAAAGAUAAGAUGAUGAAGCAUGUGGGGCCAAUAACAUCAUUAGCAAUCAACCUUUCUGAUGACAUCAUAUAUUCAGCUUCCCUUGAUAGGACAGUGAAGGUAUGGAGAAUAUCAGACCUCAAAUGCAUUGAGACCAUCCAAGCGCAUUUAGAGCCCGUCAAUGCCGUUGUUGUGGCCGAUGAUGGUAUACUUUACACCGCCUCCGACGAUGCCUCAAUCAGAGUCUGGCGGCGCAACUUCUGUAGUGGGGAAUGGCCCCAUUCGCUCACUGUAACCCUCUCUUCCAAGCACUCACCUGUAAGAACCCUAACCCUAACCUCAGACAAUGGGGUGCUGUAUGGUGGUUGCACUGAUGGUUACAUUCAUUAUUGGCUUAAGGGAUGGUUCCCAGGUCAAUUACAAUACGGUGGUGCCCUCCAGGGUCACACACAUGCAAUAAUGUGCAUGGCCAACGUGUCAAAAUAUGUGAUUAGUGGCUCAGCUGAUUCAACCAGUAGGGUUUGGGUGAGAGAUUCCGAUGGACAACACACAUGCCUAGCGGUUUUAGUGGGGCAUAGAGGACCUAUUAGGUGUGUUACUGCAUUUUUGGGGCGAUUAGAGGAUGAUAAUGAAGAUGGUUGCACGAUUUGCACUGGAAGUCUCGACGGGGUCUUGAAAUUGUGGCGUGUGACACGUACCAACAAGGAAAGUGGGAGUUUGUCACAAAAUGCAAGCGAUUAUUUUGAUCUGUAGUGGGGACUUUAUAUUGGAUUUCUGGUGCAAAAAUGUGCAGUACAUAACUAUUCUGAGAAUUGAAAGUGAAAGGUGAAGUCCAGAUGCAUGCUAUUCAACUCGUCAAAACAUGGAGGCAUGAGGAAGAUGAAGCUAUCAGUCUUGCCAGUUAAUUGUAUCAUAGAAGAUAUGUGCAAGAUCCUAAAGCACUUGCGUACUAUUUUACUGAUCCAUAGUCUCUAGGUGAGAUUGAUCUAUACUCGCAGGAAAGAGAAACCUUCUCUCUGCCUCCAGUUAAGAUCAAAUCAAUAGUGGAAACAUGGUAAAAUGUAGACCCAUUAUCUAAACUAUUUGUCAGAUUUCCUUUUGUGUUAUAGAAGUACAAGCAAUCACUGUUUUCGUUUA